CAAGCAAACGGAACUGAUUUAUAUAUCUCCGCAGACAGAGUUAUAAAUGAGAAGUUAUAAAUGAAAGAUUUUUCUCUUAAUUUUUUUUUUUUUGCGCUUCCACUUUUUUCCGUCAUUAUUCUCAACGUUCCAAUUCCUUCGAAUUAGAUCAAUCGACUUAUUUAAUCAAUCUAUUUAUUGUAGCAAACUGUUAGCAACAAAUUUAGAGUAGCAACCUCCUGAUUCAAACAGUUUCAUCUUCAUUUGAAAGAAAAAAACGAAAUAAAAAUUGACGUUACCGUUAAUAUUUUUAUACUUGUAACAAUUAUUGAGAGAAAAUUAAGAUAUAAAUGAAAAUGUAUAAAUCGAAUGCAAUCUACAAGUAAUAGAUUGUAAAAAAGAAAUCAGCAAAGUAUCACGAAAGGAAGAAAAAAAAGUACAUAUAUCCUAACUUAACAUUAUAGUUAUCCUUAAUCAUAUUAAUACUUGAUAACGAGUGACUCGAGCGGAAGGAGCACACUUGUUUCGAAUAUACACGUGCGAAUACGCACGCACACAUCAUUGCAGACGUGUUCUGCGCGCAGACUCUUUUAGAAGAGGAAAACGUCGAGAAGGAGUGAAGGAUAUACAGUUCGCGAAUUUUCGCCGCAGUAGCACGGAUAUAUCCAGCUGACAGUGAGUCUACUGGUGGUGUGUACUCUAUUACGGUAACCUGUUGCCGAAGUAAAUCCUGGAAGUUGGAUGCUAGUACCACGCAAUGCCGCGAUACAAAUUAUUCAAUCAACACUACAUGUGUAAAUGUGCGCUGGUGUGCAUGUAUACAGGACAAUCUGAGUAAUUUGCGUUCUACGAAAAUACGUUAUGCGAAAUAUACACACAUAUUCUCGGCCGAGACAGACGUACGUGUGGUAUCGUUACCCAAAUUCUGAUAUGCAAAAGUUGAUGAAUGCAAAUCGCAAUCGUUAUUUUUGAUGGUAAAACACAAUUAUAAACGCGAAUUAGAGACGUUACUCGUGAUACAUGUGAAAUUAUAAUACGUUGAUGGAUCGACAAUAAUACUACACGUCGCAGCAACAUAUCAAAGAUAAAUGCGAGUGUACUUCUUUUUUUUUUUGUACUCGCUGUGAAAAUAUAUAAAUAUUGUAGAAUAUCGCGACGCAGGAUCGUUGUGCCCAAGGAGGAGAGAGCGCUUGUUCGCAAACAAAUCGCGGUACCGAAUGUACUGAAAUAUAUUCCCGAGAUUUGUACUGAGAUCCGACUGAGAUUCCGAAAAAGAUGUCGAUUAUGCAUCAUUUGCAGAAUUACACAGACAUUUUCCAUAGGCUGAAUAUAACCGAUGAGGACAUUGACUAUGUUAACAGUCUCGGUAUUGACAGUUGGGCCGACGGUCGUAGCGAAAACAGAUUUGGGAGUCGUGCAGGUGUCGCCGACCAAGACCAAGUCUCCAUUCGAGAUAGGAGCGAUCGUACAGAUAGUGAAACGAUACAGCUGACAUCCUCGUGUUACUGCGACAGUGUGAUUCGCGAUCUAGCGACGCAAUAUAAAAAUUAUCACGGUUACGCUUCUCUUGUCGUAUGUUCUUUCGGCACGUUCACUAAUAUGCUAAAUAUCAUCGUACUUACGAGGCAAGAUACAAAGACGGCGCCCAUAAAUCGCAUUCUUACGGGGCUAGCUACGGCCGAUGUGUUGGUGAUGUUGGAAUAUAUUCCUUUUGCAAUUUACAAGUAUCUAGUACUACCAGAAUCCAGAAUAUUUCCGUACGGAUGGGCCGUAUUCGUACUAUUCCAUAUGCAUUUCACGCAGCUUUUUCAUACAAUCAGUAUCGCCCUUACGCUCACUUUAGCCGUUUGGAGGUACAUUGCUAUCAGAUUCCCGCAGUAUAGUCAUACUUGGUGUACCGGGAGGCGUUGUACGAUCGCUCUUUCCUGCAGUUUUCUCGCUCCAUUUCUCACGUGCGCUCCGAGCUACCUCGUAUUUGGAAUAAAGGCGCAAACUGUUGACGAGAAUGGUAUCACGGAAGUAUUGUAUCACGUAGAUACCAAUUAUUCGAUCGAUAAAGGCUUUCUGUAUCAAUUAAAUUUUUGGACACUCGGCGUAGUCGUUAAGCUUCUACCAUGCGUCCUUCUCACCGUCAUCAUCUGUUGGUUAAUAAAAGUCCUUUACAGGACGAAAGAUAGGAAACAGAUUUUGAAGAGCUACAGUUAUUCUGCUACUAUUACCGUCAAGCCAACCUCAUCGUCGGGAAUCUCGGAUCUCGAGAAUUGCAGUGGUCUUGCAUUUGACAAUAAAAGGGAUGGAUAUCCGCGGAGAACGAAUAAAUCUGACAAACAAACAGAUAGAACAACGAGGAUGCUUGUAGUGGUACUGUUGCUGUUCCUGAUAACGGAGAUUCCUCAAGGCAUCCUAGGUUUGCUUUCCGCAGCUCUGGGCGAUUGUUUCUUUCGUAAUUGUUACCACAAAUUCGGAGAGCUAAUGGAUAUUUUAGCGCUAUUAAAUGGCAGCAUUAACUUUAUCUUAUAUUGCUCUAUGUCACGACAAUUUCGUAUGAUCUUUGGGCAGUUGUUCAAACCCAGAAUUAUGAACAACUGGCCAGUGACAAAUCAGCAUCAAACCGAUGUACAAAGCACGUAUGUUUAACAAAAGUUUGCAAAAGUUUGCAAUUUUUCUGAAAUGUAAUUCUCGAAAUAUUCUUGUUUCGUAGAGUAUUCAAACGUAGAAUUUACAAUUUAUAUAUAAAUAUAUAUAUA